AUGAGUCUGACGGAGAAAGAACCUAUAAUAAAAGUAGCUGUUGGAGCACCACAUCCAGUUGACCAUAAGAAACAGCCAGCUCAUGUCCCAGUUGCGAAGAACAAUGCUCAAAAAGUAUCCACGUUGGGUGGAUUCAUUGCUGGUGGUGUUGCAGCUUGUAUGGCUGUCACAUUUACCAACCCUAUUGAAUUGAUCAAGACCAGAAUGCAAUUACAAGGUGAGUUGGCAAAAACAUCGAAAGACGCUGUUAUGUUAUACAAAAAUCCAAUUCAAGCGUUUGGAGUUAUUUACAAGAAUGAAGGUAUAAGAGGAUUGCAACAAGGAUUGGUCAGUGGAUACUACUAUCAAAUUGGUUUGAAUGGUUGCAGACUUGGAUUUUAUGAACCAAGUAGAUAUUACAUUACAAAAGUUGUUGCACCAUCGACCAUCUCCGAUGACGGACAUAUCACUAAACCAAAUCUAAUGGUAAAUGUUGCUGCUGGGUUUGUCAGUGGUGCUGCUGGUGCAGUGUUAGCUUCUCCAUUAUUCUUGAUCAAGACCAGAAUGCAAUCAUACAGUAAAUCACACACAGGAGGUGCUGCUGUUGGAGAACAAACUUACUACAAGAAUACAUGGGAUGGUAUUUCCAAGAUCUUCCACAGCGAAGGUUUUAAAGGUCUAUAUCGAGGUGUUGAUGCUGCCAUUCUUAGAACAGGUGCUGGAUCAGCUGCUCAGUUGCCGACUUAUUACUUGACCAAGUCAUUCUUGUUGAAACACAAUUUGGCUAAAGAAAACACUUUCACUUUGAAUUUUAUUUCUUCAAUCAUGGCUGGUUUAGGUGUGGCAAUUGUAAUGAACCCUUGGGAUGUUGUUUUGACCAGAAUGUACAAUCAAAAAGGUGAUUUGUAUAAUGGGCCACUUGAUUGUUUCAAGAAAACUAUUUCCACAGAAGGACCAAUGGCAUUAUAUAAAGGUUUCUGGGCACAAUUAUUUAGAAUUGGUCCACACACAAUUUUGACAUUAUUGUUCAUGGAACAGUGUUUGAAAGGAAUGGUGAAAAUAGAAAAGAAAUUGGGAUAUUUAAAAUAA